UGAAAAUAGCAGCCCGUAUGCUCUCAUACUCCCCACGACCACCCCUUGUCUUGCACAGACAAUUCUCCAUAUGAUCACCACCGCCAUCCUUCCCACUCAACCCGCAUCAUGAUUCUCAGCGGACUUGAAGUCGUCACCCGCCAACUGGUGCGGAAUCUCCGCGGUGCCACCCAGCAACAACCCUGCGGCAUUGAUCUCACCCUUCGUCAGAUCUCCAAAUGGACCUCCGCAGCGACUAUUGACUUCGAUAAUACGAAGCGCCAGGCAGCCAGAACCUCUAUCUUGCCGUUUGAUAACACAAGUCACGCCAUAACACUGCCACCAGGCGCUUAUUUGGUCGACUUCAACGAAUCCGUUCACAUUCCACGGGACUGUAUGGGUAGCAUUUUCGCGCGGUCAUCCCUCUGGCGCUCUGGGGUGGGAAUUACGGCGGGUGUUGUCGACGCCGGGUAUGAAGGUGCUUUAGGUGCCCUGAUGGAGGUCAAGAAUCCCCACAGCGUCGUUCUGCAUCGAGACGCCAAGCUCGCGCAGAUUGUCUUUGAGGAGUUGAGCGAAGAGGUGGAAGGAUAUAAUGGCAUCUACCAAGCUUCGACGAGCAGUGCCGGGCGUGAUGGAACGGAUCAGACUUCAAAGUCUUGUGCAGGGAAGAACUUAUGAAUGAGACAUGUAUUGGAACGAUCGGCGGCAUCAUAGCUGGACCCAUAUACCCAGUUUGUAUGGAGUUAUCCUUCCCCCACUAAAUUCCCCUCCAGCCGAUCCACGAUCCACAGAAUCAAGCAAGGCGUGCGGCUACAUCCGCAGCUCGAUCGUCGAGUGUACCACCAGGUACUUCUAUUCGAUACUAAGAUGGUGCGGCUGUUGCUACAUCUGUUGCAUCUACCCCAGUACUACCAGGCUUUACAUCUUUAGUUCCUCCUUCUCUGCUGUCUUUACCAUCAGCCCUGGACUCGACCAGCGGAUUCGCAAUUGUAAUUUUGCUACAACGCGCCGCCACUGGCGUAAUCGCCCCCUUGUGACGCGCAGAUUGUCCAACUUGGAGUGCUGUUUUGAUAUCAAUAGGUUUCUCUUGGGAAUUCUUAUCAUAAUUGUGUUAACGUAAAUGAACCGAGCA